UGAAAAUAUAUUUUAUUAAUCAAAAAAUAAAAGCGACAAUUAUUAUUUGGAGACGGAGAAUAUGCCGGAAUGCACCUUAUCAAACCAGUUUGACCAGUUUUCUGCGAGUCCUUGACGGGCUUUAACCUUUAAGAAUGGCUUUCAAAGGUCUUUCUUGAACUUGCAACUCUGACUACUCUGGUUUUCACUAAUGCCACAUUCAUGUCACCUAAAAUAUGUUAAUUACCGAUAGAAAUAAUUAAAGAGUUACUCAUGAGUCAUGGCCUUGUAAGUUUAUAAAUUAUACAGUAGUAGUUGAAUAAAAAUUUCAUCGAACAAACCUACCUUGAAGGACCAGAAUUAUGGCUGGUUCAUCAACAUCAUGCACAUCUGCCUUGGUGGAUGAGUUCUACUUCUCUGCUCUGUUUGAUGAAGAGAACAUAUUUCCUGUAUCGGAUGAAAACUAUGCAAAUCAAAUGCAGCUCCAAGAGGUUCUUAUGUCUGCUGUAAUAUCUUCGACUACUUUACAAAAUAUGCAGCAAUCUGAAGUGGAGAUCCCUGCCUCCAAGAAGGGCAAAAAGAUUGUGGAAAAAGAUACAGGGGAAGCCUCUCAGUCGCAGAGUUUGUGCAAUAUUUGCUUUGAUUACAAAGGAACUAAAGAAAUGUUCUCAAGUCCUUCGUGUAGGCACACAUUCUGUAAAGACUGCAUUGGCAAAUAUGUUGCAUCAAAGAUACAUGAAAAUGUGACAAGGAUCAAUUGUCCGGAUAUGAAUUGUAAGGAGGGAGUUAUUGGACCGGAUAUUUGUCGUGAAAUUGUUCCCAAGGAAGUGCUUGAAAGAUGGGAGAAUGUUUUGUGUGAGUCGCUAUUUAUUGGCUCACAGAAAUUCUAUUGCCCCUUUAAAGAUUGUUCUGCAGUGAUGCUUGAUGAUGGAGAGGAGAAGGUACUUGCCUCUGAGUGCCCGAAUUGUCGGAGGCUCUUUUGUGCACAGUGCAAGGUUGCAUGGCAUGCUGGGAUAGAUUGCAGUCAGUUUCAGAAUUUGAACGUGAAUGAAAGAGAGAAUGGAGAUAUCAUGCUGAUGGAGCUUGCCAAAAACAAAAAAUGGAGGAGAUGCCCAAAAUGCAAGUUUUAUGUUGAAAAGGUUGCUGGCUGUUUAAGCAUUCAUUGCAGGUGUGGAAACAAUUUCUGCUACGGCUGCGGAUCGAUAUAUUCUUCAACUCAUCCAUACCUUGAUUCUGAUGUACUCUAUCAGUGCACUUCUGCAAUUUGA